AUGGCAACUUCUUCAGCCAAACCCACACCCUUGUUAAAAGAUGAACUCGACAUUGUCAUACCCACCAUUAGAAACCUUGACUUCUUGGAGAUGUGGAGACCCUUUUUCGAGAAAUACCAUCUGAUCAUUGUCCAAGACGGUGACCCUUCAAAGACCAUCAGGGUUCCCGAUGGCUUUGACUAUGAGCUCUAUAACAGGAACGAUAUCAAUAGGAUUUUGGGUCCAAAGGCUUCUUGCAUUUCCUUCAAGGACUCUGCUUGUAGAUGCUUCGGUUACCUUGUUUCCAAGAAAAAAUACAUCUUCACCAUUGAUGAUGAUUGCUUUGUUGCCAAAGAUCCGUCUGGGAAAGAUAUCAAUGCGCUCGAGCAGCACAUUAAGAACCUCCUAACACCAUCCACCCCACAUUUCUUCAACACACUCUAUGAUCCAUACAGGGAAGGUGCAGACUUUGUCCGUGGUUACCCCUUCAGUCUCCGAGGGGGUGCCCCUACCGCGGUUUCGCAUGGCUUGUGGCUCAACAUCCCUGACUAUGAUGCACCAACCCAGCUUGUCAAGCCUCUUGAGAGAAAUACUAGGUAUGUUGAUGCAGUCAUGACAGUUCCUAAGGGAACUCUGUUCCCAAUGUGCGGUAUGAAUCUGGCAUUUGACCGCGAACUCAUCGGACCUGCAAUGUACUUUGGACUCAUGGGUGAUGGACAGCCAAUUGGACGUUAUGAUGAUAUGUGGGCUGGCUGGUGCAUGAAGGUUAUAUGUGACCAUUUGGGACUGGGAGUCAAGACUGGUCUACCCUACAUAUGGCACAGCAAAGCCAGCAACCCUUUUGUUAACCUCAAAAAGGAGUACAAUGGCAUCUUUUGGCAAGAAAAAGCAAUCCCAUUCUUCCAGUCUGUUGUCCUCCCUAAGGAUUGCACCACUGUACAGAAAUGUUACCUUGCGCUUGCCGAUCAGGUCAAGACGAAGCUGGGCGAAGUGGAUCCCUACUUCAUUAAGCUAGCCGAUGCCAUGGUUACAUGGAUUGAAGCUUGGGAUGAGGUCAACUCUCCUGGAGGAAAACCUGCAGCAAAGACACCCAAUGGCACCUCUUAAGUAGAAAGUUUUUGAAUUAGUGGCUUCUUGUCUUUAGAUACAGUCACAAACUUGGAUUAUCAUCAUUACUAUCAUUUGGUAUUUUUCACAUUUGGGGUUGUUUUAUGGCAGUUCCUUUUUUUUGGAUUAA